AUGGAUGCCGAAUCAAUUCUCUCGCAUGUCGCUUUCACAACGUCGGGAUCCAUCGUAGACUGCAUAGAUAGUGAGCAAUUGGACGAGCAGAGUGGUCGUCAUGUGAAGCUUGAGCACUCAUUAGUGCUUUGGUGGCCGGAUAUCCUCAUCGCGAUCAGAAAAAGUGCUCAUCAUUCUCAGAGAUGGACGCAAGCUGAUUGGCGUAUUCAGAUCUUUUGAUCAAUUUGGUGAGGGUUGGAGUGCUAUUCUCACAGCCUUUAAGCUUCGCAUGGCCCUGGGCUUAUCACUACAAUCACUUCUCUGCCCGACAUCAGCGAAUUUGGUGCUGCAGGAUGCUGUGGAGAGGGUUUCGGUGGGCAACAGAUACGGGGACAUUCCACGAGGCUUGUUCCUGGUCAGGGGAGAGAAUGUGGUGAUGCUAGGAGAGAUCGUGAGUGAUGCGUGGUGAUGGAUAUGGCGCAGGAAAGCGCUGGUACCCGCACAGCAACGCUCUCGUCUCUGGCCGAUUAUUCUGACUGUGCACCCGCGGUUCGCAGGAUCUGGACGCGGAAGACAUUCCUAAUCCAGCAGCGGUGCCUCUACCUCCUUCGGCCUUGCCGCAAUUGUUGGAAGCUCACAAGGCGGAAGCUGCAGCAAGGAAAGUGGUGGACAACAAAAAGUCAGAAGUGCUGAGGAGGGAACGCGGUUUUUGUGCGGAAGGUGCAGAGGGGGAUGGGUAUUGA